AUGGUAUCCCAAAGCUACUGCUCGACUGCACGGGCCGGGGGUAAACCGCAGUCUGAGACAACACCCAACUUCGAAGACCCGAACUUCGACCCCGCCGACUUCCUCAAUGACACACUAUCACCAUUGACAGUCGCAUCCUUUCAGCCUAAUGCCUCCCGAGCGCCAGGCUCUGUACCCCUGACGGAGCUAUCAGCCCAAGUCCAGUCUCUCCUAUCGCAGAUCAGCGCCCAGAACGUCCGCCUAUCGAGUACACUCUCCCAACUCAGCGAUGAGAUCCUUCGCAGUGGUGGACGGUUAGCAUACGAGGUGGAAGUGCUACGCGGAGAGACAAUUGGUCUGUCAGAGACCCUGACCGAGGUCCUGCGCGAGGACAUUACCAAGUUUGUCCCCGACGAACCAUCAGAGGACAAGGCCAAGACAGCGAGUCGCAAGGAGGAAUAUACAAAAGAGACGGCCGAAGAUACAACAGCUACCCAGGAAGAUACCGAAACCGCAGAGGAGCAACAGGAACCCCCAGCUACGAACGACCCCGAAUACAUCGCCAACCUCCGCACCCUCAACCAAGUCCGCUCUCGACUCGAAGACGUCGUCCAGACCUUCGGUGAUGCAAUGGAAUGGCCACUUCCACCCUCCGAAAUAUCAUUCUCGUCAUCAUUUAUCUCCGUGUCCGGUCCUGAACUCGGCACCGAGGGUCACAGCCAAGAAGAAAAAGGACAAGAAAUCAUGAAGAAGAUACGAAAUGAGAUAACGGAGCUACUGGAUCGCGACGGGGGUAACCGCGAUGGACUCGAGGCAGCGACUCGCCGUGUCGAGGCUCUGCGGAAUCUAUCGGUAGUCUGGAAGGGUUCCGCAGAGGAAAAAGCGCGUCAACGGUUUGUGGAUGCGCUGGGCAGGAUUGUGGAUGAGAGACGGCGGAUCCUGGAGCACCAGCAAGCUAUGGCUGAGCAGAAUCAGCGAGGACCUCGAUCGCGAACGGAGCAGAGGCGUGAUAGUGACAGCGGAGGGCCUGGGGGCGGGUUAUUCCGCAACUUGCAGCGGCUACGGGAGGAGAUCUAUUUAGAGUAA